CUGCGUCGCGGGGAGAUGGGACGGCUCUCUCGGUGUCCGGGGCGGGGCCCGGCAUGGCGGUGGUGCCGCCCCUCUCGGUGUCCGGGGCGGGGCCCGACAUGGCGGCCGCGCGGCCCCGCCCCGCGCGCCGGGCGGGAAGCGCCGAGGGCGGGAGAUCGUGAGGGCCGCGAUGGCGGCGGCGGCUGGCGAGGAGCAGCAGCUGCUCGCUCAGGUACCGAGCGGCGCACGGCGCGCCGCGGCCGUGAGCGCUGUCUCGGCUGUGGUGGCUGGGGCGAGGCCGGUGUGCCACUGCCCGUCCCUGCCCUGCUCUGCUCCCUGCAGAGGCUGAAGGCGGCGGUUCACUACACGGUCGGGUGCCUGUGCGAGGAGGUGGAGGAGGACAAGGACGUGCAGUUCAGCAAGCAGAUCAUCGCAGCCAUCUCGGACAUCACCUUCCGGCAGUGCGAAAUCUUUGCAAAAGACCUCGAAAUGUUUGCAAGGCAUGCAAAACGAACCACAGUCACUACAGAAGAUGUGAAGCUUUUGGCUAGAAGAAGCAAUUCUUUGCUAAAACAUAUCACUCAGAAGAGUGAAGAGCUUGCAUCAAGUAACAUGGAGCAGAAGGAAAAGAAGAAAAAGAAGUCCAGCACAGCUAAGGGAGAGAGAAUUCCUGUGGAACAAGAAGCAGCUGUGAUUGAAAAUGAAGAUUCCAACAUGGCAUGAUUUAUCUUUAGAGUAAUGAUUCAGGUCAUUUUCUCGUACUAUCCUAGAGGAACCAGAAUUAGCCUAUUCAUCUUACAGGUUAGCUCCAGGAAUGAAUCUUUAGGUUUUCAGGUGAAUGUGAUUGGAUUUUUAUUGUUUCAAAAAUGAAAAGCCUGUCAGUAUUCAGUAAGCUUACAGCCAAAAUGCCUUAAUUGCUUACAAAAGGUAUCUGUUAUUAAAAUCCAAGUACUUUAAAUAAAAAGUUUGAAACAGA